GUGCAGCUAAAACAACCACUGUCUCCCGCGAGUUUUGUUAGAUUUAACGGCUUGUCAUCUCACUUCAUUGCCAAUGUAUUGGGCCUGUAUUUAUUGUUGUUGAAGUUGACACGGAGUCAAGUGCCGCCGCAGCUCUCGGUUCAUGUAGUCUGCAUGGACUCCACUCCACUUCAUCCAGCUUGCAACUUCCACGCAGGUUAAUGCAGCGGGCUAAUUUCACUUCCACCCCUUGACGCUUCUACCAAGUUUAGUCUCUGCUCCGAGCUGCAUCGCUACAUCAUUGUCACGCCUGUCCCGUCCAGGGAUAAAGCGCGCAGCCGGCGACCGUCCCGGACUCUGCGUGCUGCGGCUUCACCAACGAUCGUCUGGAAAACGCUUCUGCUGCUGUCAAGCCAGUUAAAGAGAAACAAACGACGCGUCUGUUUUUGUUAAAUGGAAGUUUUCGUUUGUUAUUUCUUUUUUUAUUUUUAUUUUUUUUUUCCCGAAAAGCAUAACGUGAGCAACAUUACGUCAUCCUGCAGGCUCGUCGAUAUUUGAUCAACCGCUGAGAUGUUGAGGGCUACUUUCAGGAAGUUUUAUGAGACGCUGGCCAGAGGGAUGAACUCGGACCAGGAAAGGCCAUUCGUGUGCAAUGCUCCUGGCUGCUCUCAGCGUUUUCCCACGGAGGAUCAUCUGAUGAUUCAUCGUCACAAACAUGAGAUGACCCUUAAGUUCCCCUCCAUAAAGAACGACAACAUGCUAUCAGACCAGACGCCCACUCCGACCCGAUUCUUGAAGAACUGUGAAGAGGUCGGACUGUUCAGUGACCUGGACUGCUCCAUUGAGCAGGACUUCUGCAAAGCGCAAGAAGAAGAAGACAGUAAGCAGAACAUCGCACUGCAUGGACAAGCAGGUCAAGGUCAGCACCAGCAGUCCCACGCACGGAUGGCCAACCAUGAUACCAGCAUAGUGAUCCAGCAGGCCCUUCCCUCUCCCCAGUCCAGCUCAGUUAUCACUCAGGCUCCCUCCACCAACAGACAGAUAGGGCCAGUCCCCGGCUCUCUGUCCUCACUAUUGCACCUACGAAACAGACAGAGGCAGCCUCUGCCAGCCUCCAUGCCUGGAACCCUGCCAGACCCAACCAUGCCUGGCUCCUCUGCUGUGUUGAUGCCCAUGGAGAGGCAAAUGUCCAUGGGUUCCAACAUGAUGGGCAUGCCGAGCCCCGCCCACAGCAACUCGUGCUCCACUCACAUUCCCUCAAUGCACUCAGAAGCCAAACUGAGGCUGAAAGCUGCCCUCUCCCACCACCCUGGUGCCAUCCCCAACGGCAACAUGAACUCCAUGGGCCACAUGAUGGAGAUGAUGUCAACAAGGCAGGAGCAGGGCAACCAUCAUCACAUGCACUCGCACCCGCACCAGCACCUCCAAGCACCUCCCCACACGUACCAGCACCACGGACACCACCACCACAGCCAGGGCCACGGGCAGGGCACACACCACCACCCACAGGGACACAACCCUCAUCACAACUCCCACAAUCCUCACCUUCUGCCCGGGCACCCACACCAGACAUCACCGCACCCUCCUAUGCACUCACAGAUGUCACCUGCAACCCAGCAGAUGCAGCCCACGCAGACGCUGCAGUCCCCGCCAGCCAGUGGCGGGCGGCGCAGACGGGUAGUGGACGAGGAUCCGGAUGAACGGCGGCGAAAGUUUCUAGAGCGAAACAGAGCGGCUGCGACUAGGUGCAGGCAGAAGAGAAAAGUGUGGGUGAUGUCCUUGGAGAAAAAGGCUGAAGAGCUCACUCAGACUAACAUGCAGCUUCAGAAUGAAGUGACCAUGCUAAAGAAUGAGGUGACCCAACUCAAGCAGCUUCUGCUCACACACAAGGACUGCCCCAUCACCACUAUGCAGAAAGAGUCCCAAGGUUACCUCAGUCCAGAGAGCAGUCCGGCAGGCAGUCCAACCCCAGCAUGCUCCCAGCAGCAGCAAGUCAUCCAGCACAACACCAUCACCACCUCCACCACGACUGUAGGGGGCGGCACUGUGCACGGACAGGCUAACCACCGCACAGACAUUAACCCCAUCCACUAGGUACUGGAGAGUAUAAUGUUUUCAGCUCCCCCUCUUCUUUUCUGAGGGUUACCAGCUGCACACGCUGCCCCCCUCUACUAGGAGAAAAACCUGAAAAGACCAGCGCGGCUGCUCUAUAUACAGUAGCUACAGUAUAUUUUUAUAGACCAACCCUGUUAACGCGCAGUAGCUCUGUGGUUUGCUCAGUCUUGUUUUUUUCUCUGCUUUUUUUGUGCAAUUGGCUGAGAGAAGGGUUGUUGCCGAUCACCAACAGCAGUUUUGGAAGUUUUUCUAUUUUGUUCUGGUACAAAGCUGACUAAGGUGGCUAUGGAACCAGAGAAAGGAGCCAAAAAGCAUCUGAUUAUCUUCACCAGAAUCAUGUCUUAGAUUUUGUAUGCAUAAUGGACUGAAUAAGAAGUCAAAUCAUUACCUGUGCAAGACAGACAGGUGGACUUCGGUAUCGUGUGUUUGACACAGAAUCCGAGUCAAACUGGCGCUAUACCUUUGUAAAGACUUAAAGCUGGUAUGACUGUUAGCAUUCACCCUGUCACUAUAAGUCUUAAUGAGCUUUAUAAUAAUCUGCAUGACAGUGAUGAUACCUUGCAAACAAACGGAAGCAAUACAUAGCAGUGUUGAUUAUCGUCUUUACUGUAUCCCCGCAUUAUGAUCAGAGUGACCAAAACAUUUGAUGUUGUGUCAGCUACAGAACUGAACACUGUGAUCCCGGUGAGGCAGCUCAGGGGUUGAGACCAACUCCUAUGCUCUGCAGGACCAACUCAAGCUUUAAUCGUUGAAGACUUUUAUUUGUCUGUGUCGAGUGUUUGGAUUUAAAUUCCAAAUUAAAUUUAUGUUUGAUUGUGUGAAUGCAUGUGAGUACUGUAUAGUCAUCUUUUUCCUUCUUUUCUGUGCAGAACAAAGUUCAGUUAGAGCAGAAAAAGAGAGAAGCUCGUGAGAAAACAGGAGAAUUUGGGAAAUUUCUUUCCUUUGGGGAACAGACAUUUAAGCAUUUCUUUCUUGAUGUACUUUCCAAGUUAUCACAAUGUGCCUGAAUCUUUUUUUUUUUAUCUUUGUUUGCUUACGUAAAACAACUUUGAAAAUUUUUUAUAGUGUGUUACUACUUUGUUUAUAUUUGAUGCAUAUUAGAGAUUUACUUUUCCAUAGGUAAAUAAGUAUUGAGCAUAUUUAUGUUUUUCUCAUGACAGUCAUACUGCAUGUCUGUAACUGCCCAGGUAGUACCUACACAUAGAGAAAAUAAAUCCAAGUUAUGCCAGAUAUUGUGUAAGGAUGUGGAAUGUCACAGGGAAUGAGUAUUGAAGAUGCUUACUAAAAUGUAUGUGAUCUAAUAUGAAAAGGGAAAAAAAGCCUUUUUGAACCGUUUCAGAACAGACAUAAGGAAAUUGAGUUCAUUAGUUGGUUAGAUUUGAUCCUGAUCUGUCCGUCUACAUACCUGUUCCAGUUCUUGAUUUCUCUGCAACUUUCCUCCGUGCACUAUGAGCUUUAGUUCCUUCCAAAGAUUGUUAAUUGGAUUCCAGUCAGAUGAUUGACUGGGCCAUUCCACUGUAUUUUCUUUUUCUAAAACUAAGUCAGUUUCCUUGGCUGUUUGUUUGGGAUCAGUGUCUUGUCUAAAAACUUAUCUUCAUUUCACCUUCAGAUUAGUUAUAAAUAUGUCCCUUUACAUAUUUCUACUCAUCUUUCUAUUGCAUUAAGCCUGCCAGUAUUAAAUUACUUUCUAAUCUCAAUGUUAGUGUUGUGUUUUGGGAUAGUAUAAUUCUUAAUUCGUUCCCCUAAUAUGGUGUGGACAAUGACACUCAAACAGUGUUAUUUUGUUCUUAAGCUGAACAGACUAUAUUUCCCUGUGUUUAUAUUGAUUUCACUUCAGCAGUGGAGUCUUGUGCAGUGAAUGCAUAGAGCCUAAUUCCAGGUGUUUCUUAAGAACUCUGCAAGUAGUCCUAGGCUCUUUUAAGCAAUUUUUCUUGUCUCAUCUGUCAGAGACUUUGACAGAACAGAACACCUGUUUGUUCCCCUGACUGUGCUCACAGAAAUCCAGAAACCUCUCUUUAACCAAAACUACCAGCAUCUUUUGCUGCAAUCACUUUGUGACGGUUAUGAGAGAUUUCUUUGCUUUUACUCAUCAUAAGAUACUUAAUGCGUGAUUUCCUGCUAAUAAGAAACAUUUCUUUUAACCCAACAAUUAAAUACUAUUAGUCAGCUAAUGGGGUGCAGGAUUUGUUUUUUCUAAAUACUGCCAGAUUUUAGUGGUUGUUCUUCUCUUUCUUGAUCUUUUUAAAUACUUUUUAAGUGUUCAAUACUUAUUUCCUGUGACACAUUUGUUUGAUUUUUUUUUAUGUUACUUAGUUUGUGACUGAUAUGUGGCAUUCAUUUCAGGGCAGUAGCCUCACUAGAAAUCUAUGUACUGAGAAAAACAUUGAUGUGUUAAAUAGUUGUUUCCAAUUCUCUAUUUUUGCCCUUUUCUGUCCCCCCCUGCGUCCUCAAAACUUCUCAUAUCUUCUCAUAUCAACCACAUCUUGUCUUUAUCUCCUCUCCUGAAUGACCAGAAAUGUCAGUUGAAUUGCAUGCAGACCAUGAUGCACUGUGUUUUGCAGCAACAUGGGUGAAAUACAUUCCACUGGCAGGUGGAGUGAUCACAGAGUUGUCUAUGCACUUUUGUCCUCUGAUGUGACAGAGGGUAGAAUAGCCAUAUUAAAAGGUCAGAGUAAUUCUCAGCGAUCUCCCAUCUUCACACACCAGCGAGAAAAACGUAGCGUGUUUUGCCUUUUUUUUUUUUUUUCCGAGAGGCCAUACCUGCCUUGCAUCACAAGGAGACCUAAAGUAUCGGUAUGGAUGUCACACCGUUUAACUUGUGCUCUUGUUUUCAAAAAGUUUCUCUUCCCAUUCAUGCUAGGCUGUUGAAGGGUUUGGGGAAUUGUAGCUUUUAUGUAGUCUCUUGAUGUCGGAGCCUGCAUGUGCAGCUCAGUAUGAGUGAUGAAGAGAGAGAGAAAUUCUCUUAAAAAGGGCUUUGUUGUACCACCCCUCUGACUGGAAGCUUGCCUUAUUUUUAGUUUGUAAAACUAAUGACGGAGAUGAUGUCUGAAUUACCAUUCCGAAGUAAUCUUUUGCAUGAAAAGAAAAAUAAAAUGUUAAUGACCUCAGAAUACUUUAACUGGAAUCAUUAAGACUUUGAAGUUGUAUAUAACUUUACUCUCUUUGGCUCUGAAUUUGAAUUUAUUACAGAGAAAAACAUUUGUUACUCUUUCGGCAAACUAAACGGUCAGAUGGAAGUACAACGUGUGCAUAUCUGUGUGCAGCAUCAUAUUGAUGAUGUUGUGACUGUAUUAUUUGAAAUUUAAAUAUAUAAAUAUUGUACAUAUCAUUAAUUUCUAUAAUCAUGUACAUGUAUUGACACCACCUUUCUUUUUGAAGGGAGUAUAAAAUGUGUGGUACGUUUGUAAAUAAUGUUUUCAUAGCACUUGUUGCCUUUUGUUGUACGCCUAAACAUGGAGACUCGUUCCAGCGCUUAAAAACAUGUUUAUAUGAAAUGAACUGAUGAAUGCAUUCUUGCCUGCAUAACUUUGUACAACAUUUUGUGUGUUUGUGUCUGUAAUUAUGUUGCCUUUGUUUUAUUUUGCAUUUGUACAGACAUUUAAUAUCAUUGCAGUUACAUUACGGUAUGAAAAUAAAGCACUUGUUCUGUAACAUA